AUGGCGCUCAACUUAACAGUUAAAGUUCACCCCGUUGUGAAAUUUCAAAUCGUCGAUGCAUACGAAAGGAGAAGUGCUGAUGCUAAUCGUGUCAUCGGAACACUUUUAGGAUUUGUCGAUAAGGGAGUCGUAGAAGUUACAAAUUGUUUUUGUGUGCCGCAUAAGGAAUAUGAAGUGGAAGUUGAAGCUGAAUUGUCAUAUGCCUCAGACAUGUAUGAACUUAAUAGAAAGGUUAAUCCUCAGGAAGCGAUAAUCGGUUGGUGGGCAACAGGUCACGAAGUGACAUGUCAUUCAAGCGUCAUUCACGAGUAUUAUGCUAGAGAAUGUAAUAAUCCGAUUCACAUGACAUUGGAUACUACAUUACAAGGGGAUAGAAUGGGACUUAGAGCAUAUUUAUGCGUUCCCAUUGGAGUACCUGGGGGUAAAGCAGGUUCUAUGUUUACACCGAUUCCAGUUGAAGUUGUUUGUUAUGAGCCUGAAAUAGUAGGAAUUAAAUUAUGUCAAAAAACUGUCGGAACUAAAGAAAUCACAGUGGAACCCAUGCAAGAUCUUGCACAAGUCGCAGAAGCGACUAAUAAAUUAAGAGAUUUACUCGAUCAAGUAUUAUCUUAUGUUGAUGAUGUUCUUGCUGCAAAAAUUCCGGCUAAAGCAGCUGUGGGUAGAGCAUUGCUCGACAUGAUAUAUUCAGUUCCGAAAAUGAAUCCGCAAGAAUUUGAAUCAAUGUUUACAUCUAACAUAAAAGAUUUACUCAUGGUCAUGACGUUGACUCAAUUAACAAAAACACAAUUGCAAUUAAAUGAAAAACUUACAAUGCUCACUACGUUGUAA